GAAACUGUGAUUCGUACUCCAAACCGGUAGGUGGCGGUGACGGUCCUCGCCGUUGUUUACUGUUCGUUGCACAACCUAAAGAAAGAAACGUGGAAGGGGGAGAGAAGGGCGAUCACGAAAAAGCAGAGCAAAUACUCAAUAAGAUGGGAGACAGCGAUGAUGAAUAUGACCGCAGGAGAAGGGACAAAUUCAGAAGGGAGCGAAGUGACUAUGAUCGUUCGAGAGAGAGAGAAGACAGACGCAGAGACGACUGGAAUGACAGGGAGUGGGACAGGGGCAGGGAACGACGUAGUCGUGGAGAGUACCGGGACUAUGACAGAGGACGUAGGGAGAGGUUCUCCCCGCCCAGACACGACAUGAGCCCCCAGCAGAAACGAAUGAGGAGAGACUGGGAUGACCACGGUGGAGACCCCUAUCGUGGGGGAUAUGACAUGGGUUAUGGUGGGGGAGGAGGGCCCAGCUAUGGCCCACCGCAGCCCUGGGGCCACCCCGACCUGCACCUAAUGCAGCCUCAUCAUGGCAUCCCCAUUCAAGCCAGGCUCGGCAACAUCCAUGACAUGGAUUUGGGUCCUCCCCCUCCAAUAAUGAAGAGCUUUAAGGAGUUCCUGAUUUCCCUGGAUGAUUCUGUGGAUGAGACUGAGGCAGUCAAACGCUACAAUGAGUACAAGAUUGACUUUCGCCGACAGCAGAUGCAGGACUUCUUCUUGGCUCAUAAAGAUGAAGAGUGGUUCAGGUCCAAGUACCACCCGGACGAGGCCAGCCGACUUAAGGCAGCGGCCCAGAGUGCCCUGCACAACCGUCUUAAUGUCUUCACGUUCCUGAUGGAGAACGCAUGGUUUGAUAAUGUCUCCCUGGACAUUGAACAGACCCCCGCCAUCAUCAAAGUUCUGGAUGCAGCUGUGAUAAAGAUGGAAGGAGGGACAGAUCAUGAUCUUCGCAUCUUGGAUCUUCCAUCCGAAGAGGAAGAAGACAGGGAGAAGUCAGUGUCUGUUCCAGGCGGUGUUGAACCUCCCAAGAGAGAUGACCAAAAACCCACGGACGGUGACCGGAAACCCUCAGUGGAGAAAGAAAAUAAUGAGAAGGAGGAGAGUGAUUCUGCAAACACAGAAAGGGCCGCCGCAGCAGAAGCAGGUGAUGUGAAAGAGUUGGCAGAGAAAGAAGCUGUCAAAGAGGAAGUUCCUGAACCCAAGAAGCAGAGAAGAAAGAGGAAGCGCAGUGGAGACAGUGAUGAUGAAGGAAGCGCCUCAGAGAGUGACUCUGACUCCGAUUCAGACUCCAACUCUAACUGCUCUGACAAACCUGUGAAGAAGGAAGAGGUGGAAGACAAGGAUGAGGAGGAAGGGGAAGAGGAGAAACCGAAGGAAAACUCUGAAGAGGAGAAGAAAGAAGAGAAGAAGCCCAAAGAUGACUCUCCAAGACCACGGCCUCUCCACCGGACCUGCUCUCUGUUCAUGAGGAGCAUUGCUCCCACCAUUUCCAAGGCUGAGAUUAUCGCUCUUUGCCGACGGUACCCUGGCUUUCUGCGUGUUUGUUUGUCUGACCCCCAUCCAGAGCGCAGGUUUUUCAGGCGUUGCUGGGUAACGUUUGACCGUAGUGUCAAUAUCAAAGAGGUCUGCUGGAACCUACAGAACAUUCGACUGCGUGACUGUGAACUGGCACCGGGGGUGAACAGGGACCUGGCCCGGAGAGUGCGUAAUGUUAAUGGCAUCACUCAGCACAAGCAGGUGCUCCGCAAUGACAUCAAGCUGGCUGCCAAACUCAUUCAUGCUUUGGACGAGAAAGGAGACCUGUGGAGCAGCAAGCCCCAGGAAGAGGGGCAGAGCACUGAGUUGCCAGCUCAGAACCCCAUCUUAAAGAACAUCACAGACUACCUGAUCGAGGAGGUGAGUGCCGAGGAGGAGGAGCUCCUGGGCUCUGGCAGUGGGAUGGAACCCGAGGAGAGCGCCAAGGAAGGAAACCCUACAGAGACAACUGUGGAGAGGGAUGACAAAUUAGCCAAGGUUUUGGACCGUCUGCUCCUGUACCUGCGUGUUGUGCACUCAAUUGACUAUUACAACACCUGUGAAUACCCAAGUGAGGACGAAAUGCCCAAUCGCUGUGGCAUGAUCCAUGUUCGUGGACCCAUCCCACCAAACCGUAUCACAAAUGGAGAAGUGCAACAGUGGCAGAAGAUGAUCGAGGAGAGGCUUAGUCCUUUGUUUAGUUUAAAAGAAAUUCUGUCUGAGGAAGAGGCAGGGAAGAUGGGCCGUAAGGAUCCUGAGGAUGAGGUGGAGAAGUUUGUGUCUGCCAACACUCAGGAGCUGGGAAAGGACAAAUGGCUGUGCCCAUUAAGUGGCAAGAAAUUUAAGGGCCCAGAGUUUGUACGGAAACACAUCCUGAACAAACACGGGGACAAAAUUGAGGAAGUGAAAAAGGAAGUGGUGUUCUUCAACAAUUUCCUGAUGGAUGCCAAGAGACCAUCGCUGCCAGAGAUGAAACUACCUCUUCCGACCCCAGGUCAAGGUUUGCUUUCUCCCAGCAUGCCCUUUCCUCCUCAAGGUCUUCAGGGUCCAAUGGGCUUUGGACAACCUCGUCCACCACUGAUGGGAUAUGGCGGUGGACCUCCGUACCCCCCAAACCAAUACGGAGGAGGCCGAGGCAACUAUGACAACUUCCGCGGACAAGGUGGCUACCUGGGGAAGCCACGCAACAUUAGGUGAGACCACUGAUGUCGAGAGGUGAUCCACGCAACAUCAUUGAAUACCGUGACCUGGACGCACCAGAUGAUAUGGAUUUCUUUUAGAAGGUUCACUCGGUCCCUUCAAUCUCCAGUCUUUCACCAGUGUUGUGUUCUGCUUGCUUUUUGUAGGAAUACGAUAAUUUGAGAGUUAAAUAAUGCAUUUUGUGAUUACUGUGCAACUUAAGCAAACUUCUGCUGUAAACUGCUUCCUCAAUAAUGUUAUGAUGUAACAACAUCAUGUAUUUAAACAUUUUCAAAUAAAAUCAAAUUGUGUGCGAUA